AUGGGUAUCAAAGACUUUAGCUGGAGCGAGAAGAAGGGCGCAGGCGACGACCAUGAGGUCCACCCAGAUGCCAUUGCACCUGGCUAUGCCUCCCGAGACUCGGACGAGAUUGUCGAGGGCGUCAACGAAAAUGCCGACCAGCUUCACCGACGACUUGGCAACCGACAGAUUCAGCUCAUGGCUAUUGGAGGCUCCAUCGGGACAGCUUUGUUCGUCAGCAUUGGAAGUGGUCUACACCAUGGCGGUCCUGGCUCUCUGUUCAUUGCUUACACUAUCUACGCUUGCAUGCUCGGCUUGGUUAACAACUGCAUAUCUGAGAUGACCAUUCUCAUGCCUGUAUCUGGAGGCUUCGUGCGUCUUGCUGGAGAGUGGGUAGACGACGCUUUCGGCUUCAUGGCCGGAUGGAACUUCUUUCUCUACGAAGCCCUUCUCAUCCCGUUCGAAAUCACCGCGUUGACUACCGUUCUUGGAUUCUGGUCGGACAACAUCCCUCCCUGGAGCGUGCCCAUCGCAGCGAUCAUCCUCUAUGCCGCACUUAACGUGUUGGCUGUAAGAAUCUACGGUGAAGCCGAAUUCUGGCUAUCUGGAGGCAAGGUCAUCUUGAUCUUCAUGCUAUUCACGUUCACCUUUAUCACCAUGGUAGGCGGCAACCCCCAGCACGACGCUUACGGCUUCAGGUACUGGAAGAACCCGGGAUCAUUCGCAGAGUACAUGACGACCGGGGCGCUUGGCCGCUUCGAGGGCUUCCUUGGUGCUCUCUGGUCAGCCUCUUUCACCGUCGUCGGCCCUGAGUACAUCUCUAUGGUCGCCGCCGAGGCCAAGCGACCUCGCAUCUACAUCAAGAACGCUUUCAAGACUGUAUACUACCGGUUCGGUCUUUUCUUCAUCAUGGGCGCAUUGGCUGUAGGCAUUGUCAUCCCCUACAACGACAAGACACUUACCAACAUUCUGGCUGGCAACUCCGGCGGAUCAGGCACUGCGGCCGCCUCGCCUUAUGUCAUUGCCAUGACCAAUCUUGGCAUCAGCGUUUUCCCACACAUCGUCAAUGCACUCCUGGUGACCUCCAUCUUUUCUGCCGGAAAUUCAUACACCUACUGCGCGACCAGGACGCUUUACGGCUUAGCACUGGAGGGCCGCGCACCAAAGUUUUUGCGCAAGUGCACGAAGAAUGGUGUGCCUGUCUACUGCUUCGCCAUUGUGAUGAUCUUCCCAUGCUUGAGCUUCUUGCAAAUCGGUAGCGGCUCCCAGGUCGUGCUCAACUGGCUUAUCGCUCUCAUCACAGCUGGCGGAGUCAUCGACUACAUCGUCAUGUGCAUUACCUACAUCUUCUUCUACCGUGCGGUAAAAGCGCAAGGAAUCGAUCGCCGCACCUUCCCGUACCGCGGAUGGUUCCAGCCAUACUCUGCUUAUAUCGGCCUUGUCUGGAUGGUCUGCAUUGUCUCCUGUUACGGAUAUUCAAGCUUUACACCAUGGAGCGUCUCGACUUUCUUCAGCUACUAUACCAUGGUCAUUGUCUCACCAGCCCUCUUCAUCAUCUGGAAGGUGCUCAAGCGCACCAAGUUUGUGAAGCCGCAUGAGGCUGAUCUCAUGUGGGAGCGACCGGUCAUCGAUGCAUACGAGGGGACUUUUAUCGAUCCACCCGUUGGAUUCUGGACUGAGAUGCUCGAUCUUGUGGGCCUUGGCCGCUUCGUCAAGGGCGCCGGCGCUCACCGCGACCGCAGACUGUCCAGUGUGGCCGAUAUCGAGCAGAGGAGGAUGUCCGCCAAAUAG